AUGGUUAACCAAACAAAAGUUUAUAUGCUGGUUCUCACUGGACUCACUAAUGUUCCAAGUCUUCAGCUUCUUCUGUUUCCAGUGUUUCUCCUGAUCUAUAUUAUGACUCUGAGUGGGAAUCUUCUCAUCUUUCUCAUGGUCUUCAUUGAUUCUCAUCUUCAAACCCCCAUGUACUUCUUCCUUGGAACCCUGGCAUGUCUGGACAUGAGUUACUCCUCAGUCACUGUCCCAAGAAUGCUCUUUGAUUUACUCACAGAAAGAAGGGACAUUUCUGUGCAAGCUUGUAUAACUCAGAUCUACUUCUUCUUCUUUUUUGCAAUAUCAGAGGCAUUUUUGUUGGCCGUGAUGUCCUAUGACAGAUAUAUCGCUAUCUGCUGCCCUCUUCACUACAUGCAGAUAAUGAGUUGGAAAUUUUGUGUUCAGCUUGUGUCAGAAGUACUAGUUUUUGGUAUAGUACAUUCCUUGGUGCACACAGUUUUUUUAACCAAACUGACCUUUUGCAGGCCUGAAGCUUUGCAAAGUUUCUUUUGUGACCUGCCCCAGUUGCUUCAGGUCUCCUGUAGUGACACAUUCAUCAAUGUAUUGCUUAUAUUUCUCUCUGGUAUAAUGGUUGGUGGUGUUGUUUUAGUGGUUACAUUUUACCCAUACAUCAUUAUAAUCUCCACUGUUUUAAAAAUCCCAUCAAAAAACAUGGUAUCAAAGGCUUUAUCCACCUGCUCCUCUCAUCUAACUGUGGUCUUUAUAUUUUAUUCUUCUUUUUUCUUCAAUUAUUUGCGCUCAAAUGCAAAGUAUCGUUUCACAGAGGACAAAGUGGCUUCUGUAAUUUAUGCUAUAUUAACCCCUUUUUUAAAUCCUCUGAUCUACAGUCUGAGGAAUCACGAGCUUAAAACCUCACUAAGAAGGUGUUUACAUAGAUUGUAA